AGGACUUUUUUAAAAUUUCAUUCAUGCUGUACAAAUAUUGCAUCUUAAGGGGCUUUGUGCGAAACUGUAUUACCGACUCAGAACUUGAGAACUGAACGUGGCGCUCUCUGCUUCACAUAUGCGUCAAUGCUUUGUAGUGAAUUUGAUAAAACGCUCGUCAUUAGUCAUUAGUCAUUAGUCAACAUAAAGUUCAACUUAUUAAAAACUCAUUUCAAUCAUUUCAUUCAUACAUUUAUUUUUUCUUUCAUUCCUUCCUUUCCUCCUUCCCCCUUCCUCCUCGCUCUUUCUCAUUUUCCACUCAUUUCCCUUUCAACUUCAAUUUAAAACAGAUUAAUGGCUCGAGUAAGAAGUUUUGAAUAAUAAACACGUCCAAGGAAUCUUAAAAAAGAUUAUACGCAGUAUGAAAUACCAAUGUUGACUAUGACAAAUUACUCGUAAAUUAUUUAUUAUGAAGGGCGGAGAGAGGACAGUAUACCACAGUAUACUAAUUAGUUUUUUUGUUAUUUCGUGUUUUUUUAGCGAGAUAUGAAGCUUGCCUUGAGAUUUUUUUUUUUUAACUAAAAUCUGUAAAAAAAGUACGAAGGUACAGGUUAAAAAUUGAACAAUUUUUAUAUAUUCUUCAGUGAAAGGUGAAUAAGGAUUACAUAUACACAUACACACAUACAAGCUAAGAAUCCGUACACACUUGCGUUUGCCUGAUUCUUGAAUCCAAACGCAGUGUUUAUAAACAUGACUGCAUCUCAUAUAAAUAAAGAACAAAUUAGUGAUUUUGUAAAUAGUGAUGUAUUUUCUUACGAAAGUAUUCGCAUAACGUUCCGACUUAAUAAUUUUUGUAUCGAUUUGACAGUGGUUGUUAAAAUUCUACAAUAUGUUUUAUUGCAAAAUCAAAACCUGCUAUACUACAAAAUAAAAUCUUGAUAACCUUUUUUACUUAAUUGUCAUUUAUUUUUUUCAUUUAAUUGAUGACGUUCUUUGGAAUAUUGGAAAAAUAUUAAAAUGUGUGGGUGCAAUAAAGUCACAGCGAGUAGGUGGUCUCAAUGAUUCAUUGUCGACGCUUCUCAUCCAGGUGAUUACCGAUCCACCCUAACCUAAAUCAAGUUAAAAUAUCUGUGUUACGCGGAAAAAGUAAAUCGUUAUUUCAAUAAUCCAUGCUGUUAUUAAAAAGCGAUGACAAGCUGUUGAUAAAGUGAUUCAUUUUACAUAGUACAAUUGUUGAGUGGGAAAUAUCAAUAGUUAUGUAUUUACAUAGCUUUAUGUUAAUGAAAUGGAAUGAUUUUGUGUGAAUAGAUAACAAAAGAAAAGGAAAAAUUAUGUUACUUAUUAUCUACUGAUAAUACCGGAAGUGUUUGUGAACAGCAGUGAAAAACAUAAAGGUGUUUAUAAUCUAAUUUAUUGAAAUGAUGAUGGAGUUGAGUCAUAGUUUGACCCUCAAUGAGGAUGCCCUUAAUCAAAUCCCUGAGGCUAAACGACCAGUUUUUAUAUUUGAAUGGUUACGGUUUUUGGAUAAGGUUUUAAUAGCUGCACAAAAGAGUGAUAUUAAAGGAUGCCAGCAAAAAUUAGUGGAACAAUUAACUAAGCACAUGCAAGGAGCACCUGGUCCUCCUACACGACGACUUAUUGCAAGAUGUCUUGCCACUUUAUUCAGUGUUGGUGAUACGUUUUUGCUUUUUGAUACUGUCAAUAAAUGCAAUGAUAUUCUUAGAAAUAAGGAUGAUUCACCAAGUUUCCUCCCAACAAAAUUAGCUGCUAUAUGCUGUGUAGGAUGUAUGUAUGAAAAAUUAGGAAGGAUGAUGGGUAGGUCAUAUGAAGAAACUGUACAGAUUCUGAUAAAAUCUUUACGUUCUGGGGAAUCCCAAACUCGAAUAGAAAUUAUGCACACUCUUGAAAAGGUAUGUGCUGGAAUGGGAUCUGCGAUUACAAAUGUUCAUAAAGAAAUAUAUAAAGUUUCUAGACAUUAUCUUACAGACAGAGUAAUGGCUGUAAGGUGUGCUGCUGCAAAGUGUUUACUGGAAAUGUUAAAUCAUGCUCCAUUUUUAUAUACAACUGAAAUAGAAAGUGUUGCAACACUUUGCUUUCGAGCAUUUGAGGGUUCAAAUUAUGAAGUAAGAUGUGCAAUUGCAAAAUUAUUAGGUACAUUAGUGGCAAUGACUCAACUUCCAGCACCAAAAGGGAAAAAUCCUUCGGUGACACAGAGCAAAGGUUAUAAACAAAUUUCACUCGACGAAGUACUGAAUAUUUUAAUGUCUGGAUUUUUAAGGGGUGGAGUAGGUUUUUUAAAAGGUACUGGAGAAAUCAUAAAAGGAAACUCUAGUGUGAACAGAGACGUUCGAGUUGGAGUCACACAUGCAUAUGUAGUAUUUGUUCAAAUGCUGGGAGGUUCAUGGCUUGAACGUAAUGUUGGUUCAUUAGUUGCCCAUGUACUUGAUCUUGUAACUAAUCCAAAAGCUGCUAGUUCCCAUGUUGAUGCUGUCUACUCUAGAAAGUGUGUUAAUUUUAUAUUACAUGGCACUAUCGGAAAGUUAUUGGGUGAAGGAGCUCAAGCUGCUGCAUGCAAGGAAAUAGCACACAUUAUUUUGAAACAAAUGAAUUCUAUUGAUUUUAGUCCAGAAAAUGCUAAGGAUUGUAACCAGGAAACAUUAUUUAGUCAACAUUUAUUAGUUUGUGCAUUGCAAGAAAUGGGGAACUUAAUCUUAGGGUUGGGUACAACAGCUUGUAAUUUAUUGUCCGAUCAAUCUUUAAGUUUAAUCGACACAAUUAUGGCUGUUCUGGUUCAUCCGUGUCAAGCAGCCCGACUUGCAGCUUCUUGGUGUUUACGCUGUAUUUGUGUAGCAGCUCCAAAUCAAAUAACACCUUUGAUUGAUCGUUGUGUGGAUGGAAUUGAAAAUAUGCGUAGCUCACCAGAAGCAAUAGCUGGAUAUAGCAGUGCUUUAGCUGCAGUACUUGGUAGUGUCCGUUUAUCACCACUUGGAGUUCCCCAUACGAAAGGAAAAAUAAUUUUUAAUACUGCUGAGGAACUUCUGCGGAGUGCAAGCCAAAAUAGUCGUUUAUCGCUGAAUCGAACACACGCUGGAUGGCUUCUAAUUGGAGCUAUAAUGACUCUUGGUACGGCUGUAGUGAAAGGAUUACUACCUAGAAUGCUACUACUCUGGAGAAAUUCGUUCCCUCGUUCAAACAAAGAACUUGAGAGUGAAAAAGCCAGAGGUGAUGCUUUUACUUGGCAAGUAACCUUGGAAGGUCGAGCUGGUGCAUUAUCAGCAAUGCACAGUUUUCUAUUGCAUUGUCCAGAGCUUUUAAACGAUGACAUUACGAGACGACUUCUGACACCGAUUGAGUCUGCACUGGCAAUGUUAACUAAUUUGUCACCUGUAUUGAAAAAUUACGGACAACAACUGAAAGCUCCAGCUGCAAUGGUUCGUUUGCGUUUAUAUGAAACAUUGUUGUUACUACCACCUCAAACAUUUGAAGGUUCAUAUACGCAUCUUCUAAGAAUGUUGGUAUCAGAAUUUACAUUGACCGAAAAUCCUGGAAAUACUACAACGUCAUUAUUACGUGCAGUUUGUCAUGCCAAUGAUUCUGUCAUUCUUGGUACAUGGCUACAAGAAACUGACCACCGUACAAUAGAAGAUCAAAUGGAACCGAACAGAAGGGCAGAUUUGGAACAUUUGCAACCCAACAGUGCUGCAGGUUCUGGAGCUUUGGAACACAAUCCAUGUUGUCUUUAUAGACCAGUGCCACAUGAUGAAAUAAUUCCUGGUCCUUUACCUUUGGGAGUUGCUGUUAUUGAUCUAUCAGUGUCACUGUUUGGUCAAAUUUUUCCACGUGUAGCGAACAAACAUAGAUUACAAAUGUUAGAUCACUUCGGCGAGUGCAUAAAACAUACGAAAUCUGGUAGGCAGGAAGCAAUACAAAUGAACGUUUUUACGGCUGUACUAAGCGGCUUGAAGGGUCUCAAUGAAGCAAAAACUGGAUUUGGUCAGGAGGAUGUAAAGAAGUCUGCCACUAAUCUCAUUAUUAGCGCUUUAGUGAGCAGUAAUUCGAUACUAAGAUGGGCAGCAGGAGAAGCUGUUGGAAGAAUGGCUCAAGUUAUUUCUGAUCCAAAGUUUACAGCAGAAUUGGCGCAAACGAGUUUUGACCGUUUAAAAUCUGCUCGCGAUGUUGCGAGCAGAACUGGUCAUUCUUUAGCGUUGGGAUGCCUUCAUAAAUACGUGGGUGGGAUGGGAUCUAGUCAACACCUCAACACAAGUGUCAGUAUUCUACUUGCACUUGCCCAAGAUAAUUCGUCUCCUGUGGUACAAGUAUGGGCGUUACAUGCUCUUGCACUUAUAGCUGAUUCUGGUGGACCAAUGUUUCGGGGCUACGUUGAACCUACAUUGUCUUUAGCAUUAACUCUUCUUCUAAAUGUUCCUCAUUCCUAUAUUGAUGUACAUCAAUGUAUAGGGAAAGUGCUGUCAGCACUUAUAACAACAAUAGGACCAGAGUUACAAGGUAACACAUCGACAAUUUGUAUGGCACGAUCAUCAUUUUUGUGUGCGUGCGCCAUUAUGCAAGACCAUCAAGAUCCUCUUGUGCAAGCAGAAGCUACAGGAUGCCUCCAACAGUUACAUUUAUUUGCGCCCAGACACGUUAAUUUGUCGUCUCUCGUUCCUACAUUAUGCCGAACUUUAUCGAGCAAUCAUCUGCUUUUACGCAAAGCCGCAAUAUCUUGUCUUCGUCAACUUGCUCAGCGAGAAGCGAAAGAAGUAUGCGAACAUGCAAUGACAUUAGCUAAUGAAAGUCGGGACACCAAUGUAGUUGAAGGCCUUGUCAUAACAGAAACUGGUCUUCCUGGUGUUUUGUUCAGUAUGUUGGACACAGAAACUGAUAGUAAAUUGAUAAAGGAUAUCCAUGAUACAUUGACCAGUAUGCUGCAAAUUCUAGCAGCAGAUAAUUUAUCUCAAUGGUUAUCUCUGUGUAAAGACGUUCUUACUAUAGCUUCAGAAACGUGUACUAACGAAGAAGGAAACGCCAUCAACGUUGAAGAUAGUGCCGUCGAUAAUGAUAAUGCAGACGCAGAAGGAGACGAUGAUCAAGCCGAAUUUCAUGCCGAUGAAUCUACGAAACAACGACCUGCUAUCACUCCACGGUGGCCAACUAGAGUUUUCGCUGCACAAUCUGUUAGAAGAAUUGUUGCUGCUUGUGUAAAUAAUAAACAAGCACAUUUCGAUCUCGCCUUAGCUAAGGAGAUCCAAUUGUCUAAAGGAAAAAGUGAUUUCUUAGUAUUGCAUCUUUCCGAUUUAGUGCGAAUGGCAUUUAUGGCCGCGACCAGUGAUUGCGAUCCUUUGCGUCUUGAGGGCCUGAAAACACUUCAGGAGAUUAUAGAUAAAUUUGCAAACGUUCCUGAGCCAGAAUUUCCUGGGCACUUAUUACUUGAGCAGUUUCAAGCACAAGUGGGAGCUGCGUUGAGACCCGCAUUUGCUACGGAAACAGCGUCACAUGUUACAGCUGCAGCUUGUCAAGCGUGUAGUGCUUGGAUUGGAAGUGGAGUUGCCAGAGAUCUCAAUGAUCUUCGUAGAGUACAUCAAUUACUUGUAUCCUCUUUAGAAAAAUUGAGAGAGGGACAUACACGACCGCAGCUUUAUAAUGAAAGUUUGCUGACACUCGAAAGAUUAGCGAUUUUAAAAGCUUGGGCAGAGGUAUAUGUAGUUGCUAUGAUAAGAGAUGGUGCUGCGUUAAACAGUAAAGACGCAUUCAAUCAAAAUUCAAAUCAACUCAAUGAUGGGAACGAUGAAGACUUUGGGAAAUUUGAAUUCCAAACUGAAAGUUUAUUAAGUUUGGUGCAACCAGAAUUGUUAAGUUUGAGCCAGUACUGGUUAGCUGCUUUGAGAGAUCAUGCUCUACUUUCUUUACCGCCAGAAUUUUCCAGUCAAUUACCACAUGAUGGGGGUGCUUUUUAUACAACAGACACAAUGGAAUCUGCUCGACCUCAUUAUGCAGAAUCGUGGGCACCAAUCCUACAUGCUGCAACACUCUGGCUGAAUGCGAAAGGUUUCGGACUAGAAGAAACUAAGAAUGAAGUACAAACAUCAAAUGCGACCAAUAAUAACAACAACAACAACAAUAAUGUCUCCCCUAAAACUAAUACUAAUGUUGAACGAUUUCAUUUACUGUUCGGUAUAUGCAUGGAAGCUUUAUGCAGUCCUCGAUCUUCAGAAUCCACUCAAAAUAUAGAAACAUGUUUAAACGCUUUGUACACUUUAUUAAAUUCAGCGUGGGCUCGUAAAGUACUGAUUACAGAUCGUUCGUUACCAAUUGAAUUGUGUAAUGUCCUACACAGAAUGCUAUUAACUAGAGAAAGUUAUGUAAUUCAAAUGGUAGUAAUGGAAGUUUUAAAACAAGUAAUGAAAGCAGCACAGGAAGAUCUGGCAGAAAGAAAGAAAACUAAACUAAAAGAAAUAGCACCAGCACACGAAGAAAGUAACGAAACUCAAGAAGUAGAUCUAUUAGGGGAAGGUGAAGAAAGUGGUGAGCUCGUGCCAGGUAAAUCAUUGGUAUUUGCAAUUCUAGAAGUGUGUUUGUGCCUUUUGGUUCGGCAAAUACCAGCAUUGAAUCCAAAUCCUGGCGGAACAACAGCAAUUUUAUCUCAAAGAGGUUACAUGCCAUCCGAAGAAAAUGGAAAGCUCAUAGCAGCUGCGCUUAAUAUAAUGGAAUCUCUGCCUACUCUUUGCUCUCCUCAAGGGGCUGUGGCAAUUUUGCCAACAUUGUUAUAUCUUGCAACUGGAGUAAUAAGAGAAACUGCGGUACGGACUGACAAUGAAUGCAAUAAAACAGGAUCAGAUAUACCAGUUCAUGCAGCUUUGCACUGCAUGAAGAACCUUACAACAAAUAAGUAUGCUAAGGAUCACAGAAGUCAAGAACAGUGGACUAGUCUUUUGCAAAGUGCUCUUGCUAAGAUCAUCGAUCUUGCUAAAACAGGAAAUGACGAAGCAAAAAUGGAUGAGGUAGCAAUGAUAUUAGGUAUUGCGGUAUUUGUUCUUCAUGCUUCUUUAGAAGUUUUAAGUGCACCAAACCUACAGUUCCCUUGUAUCAAUCACUUCAGACAUGCAUUUCAAUCGGAAAACACAAUGAUAAAAUUCAAAUGUGUUCAAACUUUGAGAAACAUAUUUUUACAUCCAGAACGUACAAUAAGUACACCAUAUAUCCAUGCAUUAGCGCCAAGAUUAGUAGAAUAUCUCUACAGUGAUAAAAGUAAACAAGUUACAAAUGAUUUAGAGUUGGCUUUCACCUUGGAAUGUAUCAGCACCGUAGAAGCUCUUAUAGGACUUGCCGAUCUUUCUCAUCGAGAUCUGUUACAAGGUAUACAGAUGCUGACUUUACUUGUGCCAAUCCUAAUUAAUUAUUUAUUGGAGGGAGAUCAACUUCAACAUGCUUCCAAAUAUCAAUUAAAUCUUCACCAACAGAGCUUUCAAUGGCUUAACAAGAUAGGACCAAAGUAUCCUCAGGAAUUUAAAACAUUGAUGUCGCAAUCUACAGAACUGAAAACUAAGCUAGAAAAUGCCGUGAGAUCCUCUCAUCAGCAAGCACAAAGGCACACUCGAACAGUAGAUCUCGUAAAACCACAAAUUAAAAUCUCUACACCAUCCAUUAAGCUGAAAACGGAUUUUUCAAAUUUUAACUAAUUUAGUUAUCUGUAACAUUAUUUAACACACUGUGUAUCUAUUCAGGUACAUACAAUCUGCUUGUUAUCUUUACACAUUAUUCAAUCUACAAUGUUAAACAUACUUAAAUUCAAAGAAACUCUAUGUAAUGCAUAUUAGCAGGUAUUCAUUUUGUUCUUAGUUAUUUUAGUACGAUAAUGAAUUGCUACACAUGAGUUAACACAUUUGAGGACGAUAUAUUAUUACGACUAGUAGUCGACAAACAGGACUUUAAAAAAAAACCAUAAAAUAUAAAUAUUUUCAUAUAAACAAAUUUGAAGAUAAAGUAUGGCAAACAUUUUCAUGAGCAGUGUACAGUGUGUUACGAACAGUGUUACUAAUUAUGUCAACAAGCGGUAAUAGAUGAUUAUCGUAUUAAUUCGUUAGCUAACUUUCGUAAAUAAUAGAGCAGAUCUAGCUCAGUACUUUCUGUCUAAGAUAUAUUUUAAUUACAAGAAUCUUUAUCUCUGUAAAAAUUUCGUCAACCUGUAUUUUAUUUGUGAGUACUCAUUUAUUAGUAAAUAUUUUUAAAAUAUUAGCAUUUAAUAUUGAUAUCUUCGUGAGAUAGUUGAGCACUGGAUUCAAGUCCAGAAGUAUGGAGUAAAUUGGAAAAAUAAUUUAUUAUCAUAGAAAAUCCGCUUUUCUAUUUAAUGUAUUUAUAUUUUUCUAAACUCAGAAAAUAAUUGACUUUUUAUUUUUAAUCACUUUUCUUUAUUAUAUAGAGAAAUAUUACACAAUUUUUAAAACAUUGUACAUCAAUAGUACACUCAUAUUUAUUAAAAAAUGUAAAAUUGAAUUUUGUAAAAACCAUCAACUUAUUUUUGACUCAACUUUUUUUUAACAAAUGUGACCAUCAUAAUUAUGUGUUGAAUCUAUUAGUGAUUAUUUUAUUCUAAAUACGUUGAAACAUUGUAAAUACAGUGAAUUCUGAUUUGGGCCAUCCGUUAAUUGGAUAAGCCAUAUAAUUAAGAUAAAUCUUAAAGAAUAAAAUCGAACAUUUACUUAUAUAACAUUGUUCUGGUCCUAGUGCGUCCCAAUUAAUUGAAAUCGAUUGUAUUUCAUACUCUGUAUAUAAGUUACUUUUCAUACAUGUGAAUAAUUUAAGAAUACAAUACUUUGUUGUCAGACAGUGAAAUUUAUAAUAUAAACAAAAUUAUGGUUCUCGUAAUUUUUAAAUAUCUUUUAAAGAUUGGUUCGAAAUAAUUUAUAAUUAUAACACUAAUUUAUUGAACUUAAUUUAGUAUUAAUAAGAAGUACAUGUAAUUUAUCUUUUUUAGUGAUACAAAUCGAUAUUGAUCCCUUUUAUAUAUCACUACGACUGUGGCAAUUACAAGGUUACCAUACAACAUUGUAUACUGUAAGAUAAAUUAUUUAAAUAAAAAUAUGUGUCAUGAAACCAAUAAAAUCCAUAGAAAUAAUAUUAAGAAAACAUAAACAACAUAGUAAACACUAAAAAGUAUUAAAUGAUAUGAAUGGGUUCGAAACAUGCAAGAUAUAUUCCCUUUGAUUAUAUAAGUUACAUGAUCGAGGGCGUCAACUAAUUGGCCAUAGGUCCAAAAAUUAGUUUGAUAUUCUCAACCACAUUUAUGGUGACGGACAGGUUUUAAUGACCCCUCAUGUGCCGCCACGUGAGUGAUUGUUACUUCGUAAUUCAAAUGUUUCGCUUUCGCGGACUUUAAAUGACGACGAGUACCGGCGGAAACCGACACUGACG